AUGCAAAUGCCGGUUCUCGGCUGCACUUUCCUCACGCUGUCAGAUCGUGAGGAAAGUACUGCCGAGAACCGGCAGUUGUCAGAGCGGGGAUCGGCACCGAUCAUCAGGGCACUGAUGAUCAGUGCCCUGAUGAUCGGUGCCCAGCAGUGCCACCCACAAGUUUCCGCCCACCUGUGCCCAGCACUCCGCCCACCUGUGCCCAGCAGUGCACCCAGCUGUGCCCAGCAGUGCCACCCACCUGUGCCCAGCAGUGCCACCCACCUGUGCCCAGAAAUGCCACCCACCUGUGCCCACCAGUGCCCAUCAGUGCUGCCAGUCAGUGCCACCAGUCAGUGCCCA